AUGCAGCUCGAUGUAUUAAGUAUGCAGAACGACGAAGAGCUCGAGUUCAGCGAAGACGAGAUUGAUGUUCGUAUCUUGGUUUUGGGAGAUAGUAAGUUACUGUCCUUGAUAAUUGAUGUUGUUUUUAGAAAAUGCCGGCAAAACAUCAUUAAUAUUUACAUUGUUGGAAGACAGAUUUAUUGAAAAUGUCCCGACGAACGUGGAAACCGUGAUAAUACCUCCAGAUAUAUCACCUGAUGGCGUGGUAACAGCUAUAAUCGACUAUUCAAGUAAGAAACUACCUAAAAUUCUUAUUUAUUUUUUAUGAAACGAUGUUUAAUGUUUUUCAGCACGAGCGCACAAUGAAGAAGCACUGAAGAGAAUGAUAAGCGACGCUUCUGUCAUUUGUAUCGUGUUUUCGGUCGAAAAGCCAGAGAAUCUUGACAGAGUAAGUUGAAUUUUGUUUUUGUUAUCUAAAUUCAGGUGUAAAGUUUCUAAACAAUUCAAGUUUAGGUGAAGCAGCAUUGGAUGAAGUUGAUUCACGAUGUUCUUGGCCCAGAUGAGCGAAAGCCAAUUCUGGUGGUGGCUAACAAGUCUGACAAGCCAGAUCAGUCUGAGAACAUUGAUAAGAUGGUACCUAUUAUGAACGAGUUUAGUGAGAUUGAAACUGUUGUGGAAUGUUCUGCAUUGGCAAAGAAAAAUGUGUCGGAAGUAUUUUACUAUGCUCAGAGAGCAGUUGUGUAUCCAUUGGCACCACUAUACGAUGUUAACAGAAGAGAGUUGACACCCAAGUGUAAAAAAGCUUUGGUCAGGAUAUUCAAGGUAUGAAAAAGUUUAAAUUUUAUGCAUAAAAAGGAUUAAAUUACCUCUAAAUGUGAAAAAUAGUUCUUUUAUUUCAUCUAUAUCCAUACUUACUGCUAUACCGUUUUUAAAAAAGGUUUUUAAAUUUUUUUAGUUGUCAGACCAAGAUAACGAUGGUUUGUUAUCUGACAACGACCUCCGAUCAUUCCAAAUGCGGGCUUUUGGAAUGCCAUUGGUUGACGAUGCUUUAGAAGAGGUCAAGAACGUGGUAAUGAGCUACGAACCGACUGGAGUAAUUGAUGGUGGUAUUACUUUGAGAGGAUUUUUGUUUUUGCACGAAGCUUUCAUGCAAAGAGGACGACAAGAAACUGCUUGGACUGGGCUUAAGGCAUUUGGAUAUGAUAAAUCAUUACAACUACGACACGACUACCUGUAUCCUUCGUAAGUUUUUUACAUUUUUAUGUCAUUUUGUUUUUAGGAUUAACAUACCAUUCGGAUCUUCAACAGAAUUGUCAUCAGAAGGGCUGAAGUUUAUUCGGUUUUUGUUCAAAAAGUUUGAUGAGGUAAUUUGAUUGUCUUUAUUUGUAUUUUUUAUGGUUUUAAGAGUAGAUUUUGUGUUUGCUAACUUUUAUUACCUAAUUUGGAUUUCUUUUAAUUGUAGGACCGUGAUGGCAAGCUGUCGCCUUCAGAAUUAAAAGCAAUGUUAAGUGUAUGCCCAGGAACUCCUUGGCCCCAAGAAUUCUUACAUUCUACAGCUCUUGAUCCACAAGGAUGGCUAGAUGAACAAGGAUUUAUCAAUCUUUGGGCAUUAAAUGUCUCCAUGAAUCUUCCACAAACAUUUGAACAAUUAGCUUAUCUGGGAUUCAAUGUGGCACAUAAAAGUCAGCUUGAAGCAGUCGUUGUAACACGAGACAGGAGGAUAGAUGUGUUGGAGAAGACAACAGAACGUACUGUGUUUCAAUGUCAUGUUAUUGGACCAAAGAAUGCAGGAAAAACUGUUUUUUGUAGAAGUUUUCUCAGCGAAACGUUAAACGUAAGUGUUUAUGUUGUUUUUCUUUGUCUUUGUAAGUUUUUUUAAUAUUAUAAGCGUAUGCUUAUUGAUUUAAUGUUAUAGUGAUUUAUCUUUUUAUAUACGGAAACUUUUAGCAUAUCAUCCAAAUGAGGCCGCAACAUCAACCAUCUUACAUUAUCAAUACAGUUGAAGUGAAAGGACAAACCAAGUUUAUGAUUGUAGGUUUUUUAAAAUUAUUAGCAUAUCCUGUGUGUUGAGUUAUUGGUAACUUCCUUUAUUAAAAUAUGUGUUUUAGAUGCACGAAGUGGAUGUUUAUUCUCCAGAAGAUCAGCUAACGACUUACGAGAAGAAUGCUGACGUUAUUUGUUUAUUAUACGACGGAACCGAUCCAAACUCAUUUGCAUAUUGCGCUAAGUUGUAUUUGGUAAGUCAUUCGUUGAAAUUGAAAUAUUAUCUUGAACAUUUUAAUUACUUUAAUUAUUAUUGUUGGAUUAACAUAUCAUUGAACAUCACCUUUCAGCGCUACUUUUACCGUACCAAAGUGCCAUGCUUGUUCGUAGCAUCGAAAACGGGCAAAUACGAUUUUGAACAAACGUACGAAUUCCAACCAUCUGACUUCUGUCUGACACAUCAACUUCCGAAGCCGCUUAAGUUUGUUGAAGUAGGCAACUCUCAAGCUCAAGUCUUUGCCCAGCUAGCGACGAUGGCCGCGUAUCCUCAUCUGAAACGCGUCUACUUUUUGCACGACUCUUCCAUCCUGUCUAAAAUAACAUUUGGAGCAGCUGUCGCGGCGUUAGCGGGCUUUUUGAUUUACAAGAAUAUGUAG